AUGACUGAUAAAAUCCUGUCGAUAGCUGACUUGGAAGAAGCAGCCUCACGUGUCCUACCCAGACAGGUAAAAGAAUUCUUCAACGCCGGAGCCACAAACCAGGUAACCCUACACGACAACUCAGCCGCCUACCGUAAAUACCGUCUGCUACCGCGCGUCCUGAAAGACGUAUCAAACGUGAAUACAAAAAUUCACUUAUUCGACAAUGAAAUUUCAUUCCCACUCUGCGCCUCCCCAGCCGUUAUUCAAGCCAUGGCCCAUCCAGACGGCGAACUAGCAACAAGCCGCGCCUGCGCGAAGAUGGGCGUACACAUGGGCGUUUCUUCAUAUGCGAAUUACCCCGUCGAACAAAUCACCAAUGCCUCCAAGGAAGUACGGCCCAUUAACCACGCCAUGCAGUUAUACAUCAUGAACGACAAAGCGAAGCAAGAGCGGAUCGUGCGCCGCGCCGAAGCUGCCGGGUGCAAAGCGAUCUUCCUCACGGCCGACAGCCCUGUCCUGGGGGUUCGGUAUAACGAGUGGCGGAAUGGGUUCAAACCCCCGCCUGGUCUGGGCUAUCCGAUGUACGAACGGUCGUCGGAGUGGAUCCAGAGCCAAUCGCAUGACGAUGGGUUUACGGCGUCGAACUCGGACUCGCAUUCUUGGGCUGUGGAUAUACCCUGGCUGCGUAGGGUGAGUAAUAUGGAGAUUUGGAUUAAGGGGGUCCUCACGCCGGAGGAUGUUGAAAUGGCGAUUGAGUAUGGCUGUGACGGCGUCAUUAUCAGUAACCAUGGCGGGAGACAGUUGGAUGAGACUCCUGCGACCCUUGAUGCUCUGCCUGCUUGUGCGAAGGCUGCGCGAGGGCGGAUUAGGAUCCAUGUUGAUGGAGGCAUCCGGUCUGGAUCGGAUAUAUUCAAGGCGCUGGCACUGGGGGCUGAGUGCUGUUGGGUUGGGCGUCCGGUGCUCUGGGGACUUGCGCACGAUGGCCAAAAGGGGGUUGAACUGAUGCUACAGAUUCUGUUCGAUGAGUUCAAGCGAUGCAUGCAACUGACGGGCUGUAAAACAAUAUCUGAUAUCGGCCCUGCCUCUCUGGCAGUCGUCCGGGCCGAUGGGCCUUUAGCAAGACUGUAG